AAACGAAUUAGCCUUAUAUCAACAUUGACACUUGACAGCCACCCCCUUAACAUAACCUCAAUUCGAAAAUCAAACAAAAAGAGUGUUAUUUUUCAUUUAUUUAUAAUAAUAUACAUGUUUUUUGUUUUAACUCCAUUAUAUUAUAUACAGUUUUUAUGGUUCAUUUUAUGCAUAUUUCCUUUUUUUACCAGGUGUCAGUUGUUAAGUAAUUUUUGCUGGCAAAAUGUCUGAGGACGAUGAGCUGCCGAACACUCUUACACCGCCAACACAAAAUUCCUCUCAUUCUCAGCAAGACAACGUUAAUUUGGUCAACGAAAUACCAUGGGGCCGGCUCAUUACUUGCAUUAAAUGUUUACAUUCUAUUGAUUUGAUCCAAUCAGUGACGUUUGGCAGAGGCAGCGCCUGCGACGUCAUCGUACCCGCCAAAGACUGUCCACCCGGCCUACUCCCAAACAUAUCCAAAAAGCAUUUUACAAUCGAGCGAAAUUUAAAAGACAAUUUAGUUUACGUCACAGAUUUCAGCAAAAAUGGCACUUACAUCAACGGAGAGAUAAUUGGAACUAACAAAAAGAAAAUCCUCAUUGACAAAGACGAAAUCGCAGUAUCGACUCCGCACCAAAUAAUCUACAAGUUUUUAAGUCACGGCAAUGAAAAACCUGACUUUUUGCCGUCCGAUUUGUUGAGCAAAUAUGCCAAUGUGCGCCGUUUAGGCCGAGGCUCUUGCGGCGAAGUUAUGCUUGUAAAAGACCGCAGCACUUUGAAAGAAUACGCUAUCAAAAAAAUCAUUUUGUGCGACAACAACAGCUCGCAAAUGUACAAAAUCAAUCAUCCAUCUAAAGUAGACAAUGAAGUCACUAUUUUAGGGAAUUUAGAUCAUCCUUUGAUAAUUGGUAUGUUGGACAUCCACUCAGUGGAUAAAGAAGUCUACCUUAUACUAGAAUACAUGGCUGGAGGCGAAUUGACUUCUAGAAUUCAUCGCAGUCCAAUGUCCUUGGACACAGCCAAAUUUUAUUUCGUACAAAUACUUUUGGCUACAAACUAUUUGCAUUCUCUUAAUGUCAUUCAUAGGGAUUUGAAGCCCGAAAAUAUUCUGCUACUUGAUGAACGAGAAGAAACUUUAUUGAAAAUUACCGAUUUUGGUUUGAGCAAAUUUGCCGAAGGGUCUGUAAUGACCAAAUGUGGCACUUACAGGUUUGCCGCGCCUGAAGUUAUCAAUCCCAAACAAAGGAAGUACAGUAAAGAGGCUGAUAUUUGGAGUUUGGGUGUUAUUCUUUAUUUUAUGAUUUCGCAAGAUUUUCCUUUUCAAGGAAAAAAUGAAUCUGAAUUGACCAAGAAUAUUCUCAAGGGUAAUUAUGGUUUUCACCGUCCCAUUUGGCAAGAUGAAGAUAUGGUUCCAGUGAAAGAUUUGUUGACCAAAAUUUUAGUAUUAAACCCUAAAAAUCGUUUUGGGAUUUCGCAAAUAGUUGACCACGAUUGGAUAAAAUAUGACCACGGUGUAAAACACAGAGUCAGCCAACUUCUAGAACAACAAGGCUUGGAAAACCCGAUGGCCGCGUUUUCUUUGGAACCCGAACCGAAAAAAUUUAGAUUUUCCAAUAGCCAAAUCGUCCGAUCUCACUCGUCCUCAGACGACUCUGACCAUGAUCAUACUUUGACCAACAGCAGCGAGCUGAGUUGCACUCCUACCCUCUGUUUUUUAGAGCAGGUACAAUAAUUUUAUAUAACAUUUUGUAUAAGAAAGAAUCUCGUUUUAGUUAUAUUUAGGUUUGUUUGCACAUUGUGCCAUUUUUAUGUUUGUAUGUUUAUUUGUUUGUUGUAUGACCAUUUUUUUUCCAAUUUCAUCUUGUUCCUGAUUCCUGAGGGUUAAAAAUUACGUUCUAAAAUUAUGGAACACUUUAAAUUUUUGCCUGAAAAAAAAAAAAGGAUUUUCAAAUCAUUCCAGAAGGGUGUUUUGUUUUUGGUUUAAAAGUCCCUACUCUAGCAUGCGAUUGCUUCUUUACCUCACAUUUAGAUAUAGAAUUUUGUGUUACCUGACCCUUUUUUGCUUAUAAGUUUAUAGUAUUUUUUUCAGACUAAUUAUGUCGAUAUGAAAUAAGCAAAAAAGUUGUUUUUGUUAAGAGUAGAUUAUCAAAAUAACUAUGUGAUAUAAAGUUUAAGACUAUAGGGUAUACACCCUGUAUAAUAUUGUUAGGAGCUGUUUAUUUUUUUUUUUAUAGUGUCUUUUGUACUUGUAUAUUUGCAACACAUUUUUCUACUUUUCUAAUAAAAAUUUCCCUCUUUA